AUGAAGCAGAAGGCUUGUCUCGAGGGUCAUAGUGACUGGGUAAAGAGCGUGGCGAUGAGCAGCGACGGCAAGACGGCUAUUAGCGGGAGUGAGGAUAACACGUUGAGGGUGUGGGACCUUGGGAGCAUGACGCAGAAGGCUUGUCUUGAGGGUCAUAGUAAAGCGAUAUGGAGCGUAGCGAUGAGCGGGGACGGCAAGACGGCUGUCAGCGGGGGCAUGGAUAAGGCGUUGAGGGUGUGGGACCUUGAGAGCAUGACGCAGAAGGCUUGUCUUGAGAGUCACAGUCAAAUGGUAUUUCGCGUGGCGAUCAGCAAGGACGGCAAGACGGCUGUCAGCGGGGGGAAGGAUGGGACCUUGAGGGUGUGGGACCUUGUGAGCAUGAAGCAGAAGGCUUGUCUUAGAGGUCAUAGCGAUACGGUAUGGAGCGUGGCGAUCAGCGGGGACGGCAAGACGGCUGUUAGCGGGAGUAGGGAUCAUACCUUGAGGGUGUGGGACCUUGGAGCAUGA